AUGACGACCUUCGCACAUUAUGUGUUUCUUGUGUUAUGUGUUUUUGUUUACGGCAGCUGGCAAUUGGUGCCUUUGCCCGAUUACAUCCAUCCCUGUUCGGAGUCAACCGACGAAUGCUUCACGAAAGCAACUUUGGAUGCGAUUCCCGGAAUUGUGAAAGGAAUUCCUGAGGCCGGCAUCCCGCCGCUGGACCCGUUGUUAAUGGACCGCAACAUUAGCAUGACGCUGCCCGGAAACUUGAAAAUGACCUUCAUAAACGCCAAGUUAAUUGGAUUAAGCACAUGUAUUCCGGAUAAAGUGUCCUCACGUCGCAAAAUCCGUACAUUCAUCUUCGACAUACACUGCAACUUCACGAUCCGUGGCGAGUACAGUCUGAAUGGCCGUCUACUUCUUUUCAAUCUGGACACCGAUGGACAGGCUAAAAUCAAAAUCUACAACCAGCGCAUCCACCUGGAGGUAGCUGAACGAGUGUUAAUAAACGACAAGAACGAGGGUCACUACAAGAUCAACUCAUACAAGUACAAAGCUGAUUAUGGGACAGACCUUAAACUGAAUCUCACAAACUUAAUUAGAGGAAAUCCUCUAUUCAGUGCUCAAGUCCUGCAAGUCCUGAACGCAGACUCACAGGUUCUAGCCAAAGACUUCGGAGGUCCGAUCCUGGAUUACGCCAUCGAUUACAUGAUGAACGUCACGCAAAAGUUCUUCAAUACUUACACCUACGAUCAGAUCUCAUAUAUACCGCUGGGUGAAGAAUUCUUUGAAAAAGAGUAG